UGUAACCAAGGUUGAGUACAGAGUAUGGAAAUCCUUUCCGUUCUAAGCUGGCCGCUGCAAUUCUUGGAGGCGUUGAUGAAAUUUGGAUUAAACCCGGCGCACGUGUUCUUUAUCUUGGUGUUGCGUCUGGAACAACUGUCUCACAUGUUUCUGACCUUAUUGGCCCUACUGGUGUUGUCUAUGCAGUUGAGUUUUCAAACAGAAGUGGUAGAGAUUUAGUGAACAUGGCAAAGAAACGUACUAAUGUUAUUCCCAUUAUUGAAGAUGCCCGACAUCCUACUAAAUACAGGAUGUUAGUUGGAAUGGUUGAUAUCAUAUUUUCUGAUGUUGCUCAGCCUGAUCAGGCAAGGAUUCUAGCACUGAAUGCCUCCUACUUUUUGAAAGCAGAAGGGCAUUUUGUCAUAUCCAUAAAGGCUAAUUGCAUUGAUAGCACUGUACCUGCUGAGGCUGUAUUUGCACAAGAGGUUAAGAAGCUGCAAGCAGAUCAAUUCAAGCCAAGUGAACAGGUUACCCUUGAACCGUUUGAGCGUGAUCAUGCUUGUGUUGUUGGCGGUUACAGGAUGCCCAAGAAGCAAAAGCCAACUUCCUAGAUUAGCAGCA